GGGAGCGCGGCGGCAGCAGGUGGCUGCGGGACUCCCGUGCCCGCGGAGCUGCAGUCGCCUGUCCGCGCCUUGUCCCGGCGGCCGCUGACGGCCUUUGUCUCUCCGCAGCGAGAGCCGGCGCUGCGGGCACGGGGACCAUGGCUUGGGGCGAGUUCAGCCUCCUGCGGUGGCUGCGGGAGAGCCGGCAGUCCAGGAAACUCAUCCUGCUGAUCGUGUUCAUCGCCCUGCUCCUGGACAACAUGCUGCUGACGGUAGUCGUGCCAAUAAUUCCCAGUUACCUUUACAGCAUCAAACACGAGAAAAAUGCCACAGAAAUCCACACUGCUAAGCCUAAUGUAGUCUCAACAACACUGGACAAUUUUCAGAGCAUCUUCUCCUACUAUGACAACUCAACGAUGGUUACUGGAAAUGAAUCUGAUAAGACACAACCCAGAGAGCUGCAUCAUACUCAGACAGAACAAAUGAUAGUAAAUGUGACUCCUUCCCCAUCCGACUGCCCGAAGGAAGAUAAAGAUCUGCUGAACGAAAACGUUCAAGUCGGUCUCUUGUUUGCAUCAAAAGCAGCAGUUCAGCUAAUGACUAACCCCUUCAUAGGGCCACUGACCAACAGAAUAGGCUACCAGAUUCCACUGUUUGCUGGCUUCUGCAUCAUGUUUGUGUCAACCAUCAUGUUUGCCUUCUCUGGAAGCUACACAUUACUGUUUAUUGCAAGGUCCUUGCAAGGAGUGGGUUCCUCUUGCUCUUCAGUGGCAGGUAUGGGCAUGCUUGCCAGUGUAUACACAGAUGAUCAAGAGAGAGGCAACGCAAUGGGAAUCGCACUAGGAGGCCUUGCCAUGGGAGUAUUAGUGGGCCCACCUUUUGGGAGCAUCAUGUAUGAGUUUGUGGGGAAGAGUUCUCCUUUCCUGGUGCUGGCAGCACUAGCUCUGCUGGAUGGAGCUAUUCAGUUAUUUGUUCUGCAACCAUCCAGAGCACAAGCAGAAAGUCAGAAGGGGACACCGUUACUGACACUUUUGAAGGACCCCUAUAUCAUUAUUGCAGCAGGAUCAAUCUGCUUUGCAAACAUGGCCAUUGCGAUGCUUGAACCGGCGUUACCCAUCUGGAUGAUGGAGACCAUGUGCUCAAAAAAAUGGCAGCUUGGCGUUGCUUUUCUUCCAGCCAGUAUCUCUUAUCUCAUUGGAACUAAUCUUUUUGGGAUGCUGGCACACAAGAUGGGAAGGUGGCUUUGUGCUUUGCUUGGGAUGCUCAUCGUGGGAAUCAGUAUUUUAUGUGUACCAUUUGCUAAGAACAUUUAUGGGCUCAUAGCACCAAAUUUUGGAGUUGGAUUUGCUAUUGGCAUGGUGGACUCCUCCAUGAUGCCUAUUAUGGGCUACCUGGUAGACCUGCGCCACGUCUCAGUCUACGGCAGCGUGUACGCAAUAGCUGAUGUUGCCUUUUGCAUGGGCUUUGCCAUAGGUCCCUCUGCUGGCGGUGCUAUUGCAAAGGCCAUCGGAUUUCCUUGGCUCAUGACAAUUAUAGGGAUCGUGGAUAUCCUCUUUGCUCCCCUCUGCUUUUUCCUUCGAAGCCCACCUGCCAAAGAGGAGAAAAUGGCAAUACUCAUGGAUCACAACUGUCCUGUGAAAACAAAAAUGUACACCCAGAACAAUAUUCAGUCCUACCCCAUAGGUGAGGAAGAAGAAUAUGAAAGUGAUGAGUAAGAUGAAAAGCCAUAUGACACGUUUUUGGUGUACAAAAUGCAGUGUUUCAUGUGAAACAUCUCAUCUAGAUCUAGGUUUUAGUUGUACUCUACAUUUGAUAGCAAAAUGGUCACAAACCCCAAAGGUAUAGAAUUCAUUGCCCAUGGUUACAAGAAGCAGGCUGCUAACCACCUUGUAAGGGGAGGGAAAGCUUUUGUAGAGGGUUUGUACAGCAUUGAUCUUUACUUUGUGCAUUGAAUUUUAUUGAAUAUUACACUAUUUUUUAUUCAUUGUGUAGAAGAAACCUGUACAAAGGUGAAUUUUAACUAUUUUUGGCUUUUAAAGUCAACUCACUGACAUACAAUACUUACUGUUUUGUUUGGGGUCAUGAGUUGCUGUCAAGAGUGUGGAAGGGGAAAAGUAAAAAAAAAAACCUAAUACAUCCAAAUCCCAUCCUUUGAAAUUGUGUAUUUGUAAGUACAGGGAGAGGAGCUGAAGGCAGGAAUCCAGACUGUGGACAUUGCUACCACCUUUUGGAUCAACUUUAGGUCAUAUAUGAGUAAAAUAAAAGGCACAACUUCCUUGCCAAUUUAAAACAAAGGAAUCAGAGUGUCAGGGGCUGGAAGUGACCUUGGAAGAUCAUCCAGUCCAACCCUCCUGCCUAGAGCAGAUCACACAGGAAUGCAGCCAGGUGGGUUUUGAAUAUCUCCAGCAAGGGAGACUCCACCACCCCCCUGAACCCUUCCUGAACCACUCAAGCAAGGCUGGGGAAAUAACGUUUUAAAUAGCUAAGUGCAUUACCCUUAGCCAGCACUAUUAAUGACGUUUUAAUUAGCUAAGCAGUUGUGUAACAGGAACCUCCCUAAACACCAGACAGUGAGCAAAACACCUGGCUGUGAAUGUUCAGUCCCUUUCCCUUGCAGGGAAUAAGACCAGCAUGAGAAUGCCUUUUAUAUUUGUCUUUCCUUUUUAUUUUAGAUGCUGCUUAAGCAGCUGGUUAAGCAAAGCCACAGGACUGAGUCUUAGUCUACACUGAAAGUAAGUUGGUAACUUAAGCAGUCCAAACAAAAACCUGGUUUACUUGCACUGGCAAACACAUCUAGACACUCCACAGAGAGCUAGUUUUGGAAAAUGAGUUAAAAUAUCACCUUUGCUAAAAAUAAUUUGAGAAAGAGACCAUUUCUUGACGUUUUGGCACACAGUUUAAUGCAAGUAAAGCACUGCUAGCAGGAAGUCCCUCUCUGCACUGAGAAAAUCAAAGGCCAGACUUUGAAAGGAAGCAUUUUGAAACACUCCCACCAUCUUGAAACACUCCCACCAUCUAUAGCAACUGUGGUGUACCUUUUCAUUUGUAAAAUUAAGAUCUUUAUGUGCCUUCUUUCAUGUAAUUGCAGAUGUUUUAUGUACGACAGCAUAGCUACUAUGCUUACCUAUAGUUUUGUAAAGCCUAUAUCCAAUGGUGAGGAAAUAACAAAAAGCAGAGUGGAUCACACUUCAAGCAUUGCUUUGUCACUGAUGAUGCAUUCAGGCCACACUAAAACAAAGUUCUCUGAAAGAAGUUCGUGAUCUACUGUAAUAAAGGAUAAUUAAAACACAAA